GACGAGCGCGUCCAUGGGUCCGUCAGUACGAGUAGUAUACUGGUACAUACUGCAUAUCAUCUUUCCUCAUCAAGACCACCAUAUGAGUCCAAGAUGAGGACUUCAUCCGGGUUACGAGGCAUUCGUUCCUCUCUUUUCUUCCUUUCGACCCUCUGUCUUCUCAUCGUUUGCCUUCCGACAGCUCUCGGACUGCAACAAGAACUCGCCGGUAUCGUCGACUGGCACAAACCUCUGAUCGGUGAACCGCUUUUAGAACCCACACCGCCUUUGUUUGUGGAGGGUAAGGGGAUUGAUGGGGGAAGGGUUGUACAGCUGACCAAGAAAAACCUGUUGGCUGUUUUGAAUGCUGAGAAUGGUGAAAUCGUAUGGAGACAAGCGUUAGAGGAUAAUGACCCUGUAGUAUCUUUCCAUGUGCAGGAAGACACUAUCCUCUUGCUCUCCGGUCCCAGCGCAUCAUCAGCCCGUCUCUUCUCCCUUACUACAGGCCAUCUCCUGUGGCACGCUCCUCUCCUUCCACUCUCUCAAUCCCACCUGAUCACCCCAGUCUACCUCGGCACCGACGCAGCAUACGUUGCCGCUCAAGGUUCCGAACCCGCCAGCUGGCUAGUUUUGAGUGACGGCAAGCGAAUUACCAGACUGAGCAGCGACAAAGGGGAUAUUUUGUGGAGCAUGGAAUCCCCUGGUGCAGGAUCCAACAUGGUAUUCAAACAAAUUAUGCCUUCUGGUAACUCCAUCCACAUCCUCGCAUUACAUUACUCUUUCGCUGUGCAGAGUUUGCUCACCUCUACCAUCGCUCUCGACAAACCCAUCCCUCGAGCAGACUUUGGCCAAGUUCCCUCGGUUGUGCAAAUCCCAGAACAAGCCAUGAUCGCUUCCGCCCAUGAGACGGGAACUGCCCAUAUUGUAUGGAUAGAUCACGGUCGGAUCCGUAGCUUGCAUCUCAAUGAGGGCGGUACACUCGGUGAGAUCAAGGAGAUUCUACCCGGCAAGGGUCGUCUCUAUGGCAGCAUCAUCGAUGUUGGGCUUCGACAUAAGGGUUACAUUCUCGGUAAACGAGAAGACGGAGGGGUGGAAAUUUUGGAUGUGCGAGAUGGUAAGAAGGUGGAGGAGUUUGAGCUGUCGAAGGACUCGCCAGAGAGAUCAGAUUCGGUCUAUUCGGCUAUGGUCACGGAAAGAGGUGUUCUCGUAAACAGGGUCUAUUGGUCCUACAAUAUGGCCGUGGGAGUCGCCCAAUCCAUCAGCAUUCCUGCAUCAGCUACUUCCGAAGUGAUCACUUCGGGUUUCACCUUCGCAUUUGAUGACCUCGUUCACGGUGUCAUUCUCCACGCCGCUGUAUCCCCCUCUGUCAACGAAAGACACCUUCCUUCUCUCAUCCUCACCACCUCAUCUCACGCUAUCCAACGAAUGCAGUUCAACGGUGCUCAGUGGACACGCGAAGAAUCCUUGGCGGAUGUGACGGCUGUCAUGUUUGUUGAUCUCGGCGAGCCCGAAGUGGAAGAGGUCAGAGAAGUUCUUGACGAGGAAGGAUUUGGGGCUCGUUUGCUGAGACAUUUGGGUGAAUUGAAAGACCUCCCCGCCUAUCUUGUCCGCUUUAUCAAACGAUUCACUUCAGCUUCUUAUUCCUCUGCUCUCCGUAUCACCCCUCUCAACCAAACUAAGCUCCACCGCGACCAGUUCGGCUUUCAAAAACUCGUCAUCCUCUCUACGGCCAACGGUAAACUCUUCGCUCUCGACUCUUCCAAUGGCGCAACCGUCUGGACUAGGAAUUUGGGGCUGAUGACGGAAAAGGGUUCAGAUGUGAAGGUAGAUGGGAUGUGGAUUGUGAGGCAAAAUGAAGGAGGCGUGUUGUUGGGUGUACUAGCCUCCAAAACGGUGGACAAAGGAGGAGUGAGAACGGUGGCUUAUCAUGUGGACGCCUAUACGGGCGAGGUUUCGGGUAACGUCAAUACCGGUACUGGUCUUCCUGAAGGGACUACUCUCUUUGAAGGCAAGUUGAGGGAAGCAUUCCUUACACCCUUUGAUAAUUGCGGCAGCAAAUCAAAGGUUUUGGGGGUCGUCGAUGACAAGGAAAGGCUACACCUCUGGCCUGGGUGCAAAAAGGUAACCAAGACUAUGAAAGAAGCAGCGAACAAGCUAUUUUUCACCACCACUACCAAGUCUAUUGAUGGUACUGCCAUUCAAGGCUUUACACCUUCCGCGACGCCCCUCAACGAAAGUAGCUACACCUACACUUCAAGCUUGAUUUGGUCCCAUCCCUUCAGGGAGGAUGAAAUGAUCCUCGAAUCUCAGCCUGUCACCUUGGACGCUAUCGCCAGUUUUGGUCGUGUCCUCGGCGACAAGUCCACCUUGUAUAAGUACCUCAAUCCUCACCUCCUUAUUCUCAGCACGUUCUCCCCGUCCACCAAAGGCCUCAAUCCUGUGACUCACAAGGAGGUUGGGUUGGGAAGGGUUUAUGUGCUGGAUACGAUAACUGGUGAGACAGUCUAUGCGACGGAAAUUGAUGGAGUGGUGAAGAGAGGUGGGAUCCAUGUUGCGAUGGUGGAGAAUUGGUUAGUGUACACGUGGCUUGCGGAAGGGGGUUAUAGAAUUGGAUCAGUAGAGAUUUACGAAGAUACCGAGAAGAAGGGUGUGACUCCCGCGGUGUCAAGUUUUGUGUCCAAGCAGGUAAAGGCAUUUGCUCAGACCUUCAUCAUCCCUUCGGAGAUCAAGGCUUUGGGAUUCACCACUUCCAAAGCUGGUAUCACUACUAAAGAACUCAUCUUUGUGAACAACCGUAAUCAAAUUAUCUCUAUCCCUCGCCGUCUCCUCGACCCUCGUCGGCCGAUGGGCAAGCCCACAUCGAGAGAUAAAGAGGAAAUGCUGAUUCCUUAUGACAAUAUGAUUGCCAUCGACACCAGAAAAAUCAUUUCUCACGAAUACCAGGUCCAAGGAACAACUUCCCUCCUUUCGUCGCCCGCUCUUGUUGAAUCGACAUCCCUUCUCUUAGCGUAUGGUCAAGAUCUCUUCCUCACUCGAGGUCUCACCCCCUCAGGCACCUUUGACAUCCUCUCAGACAACUUUAACAAGAUCCAGUUACUGUUAACAUUGGGAGGCCUCAGUGCGGGUAUCUUUGUAGCCAAGCCAGCUGUGAAGAGAAAGUGGUUAAGAAUGAAGUGGUACUAGCCAGAAGACAUUCAUUGUUCUGUCAUUUGUUCAUGCACUUUAGAUUUGGUCUAUUUUAUGCAUAUAUGGGAUGGCAGUG